AUGGCAUCCGACACUCGACAAGCACCCCAAAAUGUGACACCGGAAUCUCCUGUGUCAACCAGAAGUGAUAGUUACUUGUUUGCUAUCUACUAUACCUAUUUUCACCCAGCCCAUCCGAUUCUUCCACCACGGGAACAUUUCCAAGAGGCUCACUUGCCUUCAUAUUUGAGGCAGGCUGUGAAGUUUGUUGCAUCUCAUUUCACUUCAUCCGUAUCUAGUGAAACUUAUGGCCACGCAAUUGUCGAAACGGUUCUGAGGGCAGGACCAUCAGCCAACAAGGUUCAGGCACUUUUGCUAUUGUCCGUUGCGCUGCAUUCGCGUACUGAGCAUGUGGAAUCUAAGAAAUGCUUGAAUGCAGCUGUCGAUUUGGCCUUUGAGCUUGGCCUGGACCGAGCUACUUAUGCUGAGACUGAAAGCCCUAACGAUCCAACUCGGGCGGAAUGUUUACGACGCACAUGGUGGGAGAUUUUCGUCAUUGAAGGCCUCUUAAUAUCCUUUGGGGUGCAGCAUACCUGCCGCACAGCCGUCAAGCCUCUCGAAGUGCCACUUCCAUGCGAAGAGUCUACCUUUCGCGAAGGUCUGACUUCGUCAAAUCCACAAACGAUCGCCCAAUUCGAUACACACGUUUUUGCCGACGAAGAGCCUGAAUUUUCAUCACAUACCUAUAGAAUCGACGCCGUGCGCAUCCUCAACUGGGCACUGAAGAUACGUGAUAUGAGCGGAAGUAAUGAAAACCUCAUAGAGGCCAUCGACGCUCGCAUAGCUAGUUGGUUCCUCAAUUUACCCAGCUCUAAGGCCGAACUCCUACGGCAGGAUGGCUCAGUCAAUGAGAUAAUGUUCCAGGCUUGCAUGAUUGUCAACAUUGCCUCGAUCCAUCUGAAUUUUUCUCGUUCUGGCCUCAUGUCAUCUUCUGCCGUCAGCGCGGAUGUCAUAUGCAGUCAGCAGGUAUCACCUCGGGACUCCGCUUUCUCCCACAAUUGUCAUGCUGCAAAAGCACUCAGAGCAGCCAAUGAGUUAUCUUCACUAGCUGCAAUUAGUUCACCAGUUGAAAAACAUACACCGCUACUCACCUGUGGCCUUGCGCUCAGCUGCAUUGUUCAGCUUGCAGUUAUAAAGGCUGGAAAGAUGUCUGAUGCAAACCGUGACCGCAUCGGCUUGAAUAUUGGAGUGUUGAGGUCCAUGGGACGAACUUGGGCCAUUUCGAAGUUGACCAUGCAAAAGAUUAAAGCUGCUGCACGAGAUGUAUUUGCUUUGGGGUCUCAACCACCUGUGGAUCUUUUCGAUUUCACUACCUUGCUCGACCUAAAUGAACAAUUCUUGGUAGAUGGGAGCACCAGUUAG